AUGGCCACCUACUCCGAGAUCGUGCACGAGCUCUACAAUUUGAGCGCACAGGGAGUCAGAGCGGAUGACGUGAGAUUCCGCCAGCUUCUCUCCGCUCUUGAUUCGGCGCGGGAGAAGCGCAAACCCGUGGAAUCUGAGUACUAUGGCAUGAAGGGGUCCGUCAGGAACCCCGUUAGCAGCUCCCAAUUCGAGAGGACUCUCAACCAGAUUGAUGCCGUCUAUAAAUACCUCGCCGUGGGUUCAGACGUGCCGCCGGAUUUGUUACUACGUUGUGGCGUCGAUUGUUCCACCGUGAAUGAAAAGCAGGCUGAGAAGCAAUCGGACGCCGCCGAUAUACUGCACUACUCGGAGGCGUUGCACGUAGGCGGAUCGCACUGGACUCCUAGUUUAGGCUGGGUGGAGUAUAAUGAAUCGCUGGCUGAGACCAGGACUUCCUACACGCUGAACGCGGUUAGCAAUUUGCGCUCGCUGUUAGAGUUCGUGAUGGAGAAGGGCUCCGCGGAGGGCAUGGAGAGCGUCGAGGCGCUAAUCCGCACAUUGGGUAUGGAGAGGUUCGCAGAUCGGUUCCGAUCUCAUGGAAUGAUUCGCGUGAACAAGUUCUUGGCGGGGCUCAUGCGUUUGGAGCGUCAGCUACGCCUGCUCUCCUUGCAGCGCACGCUUAAGCGUGCAUUGCGCAUGGUUCAUCACUUCAACGUGACCGAACCUUCAGACCCGAACCUUUGGCAUGCUGCUACCGAAAUGCACGGUUGGGGCGAGCACCUGGCCGAGUUCGUUACCCGCAGCCGCGAAUGCGACCACAUGCGUGCUACGCUUGCGUGCCAAGCCGCCCAGAUGGUGGCAUCACGUGCAAGCAUGAAGAUGAUGCCGACCGCGGUUCACAGCCAAUUUGACGCGAUGCCCCCGCAGUACUACCAGCCUGCCCCGUACGCACAGGUCUGGCAACCGGUGCCGCAUCCACACAUGGGCAUGUUUCCUCCCCAACACGAAUACUAG